AUGGAUGAUGACAUCGCUGCGCUCGUGGUCGACAACGGCUCCGGCAUGGGCAAGGCUGGCUUCGCGGGCGACGACGCCCCCUGGGCUGUCUUCCCCUCCAUCGUGGGGCGCCCUCGGCACCAGGGUGUGAUGGUGGGCAUGGGCCAGAAGGACUCCUACGUGGGGGACAAAGCCCAGAGCAAGAGAGGCAUCCUGACCCUCAAGUACCCCAUCGAGCACGGCAUUGUCACCAACUGGGACGACAUGGAGAAGAUCUGGCACCACACCUUCUACAAAGAGCUGCGUGUGGCCCCUGAAGAGCACCCUGUGCUGCUGACGGAGUCAGCCAUUAGUGGCCCUACUUUUUUGGAGCCCUUGCCCUUUCCCUCAGGUCUAGAAAUAUGA